AGUCACCAAAGGCUGUGGAAGUGGCAGCAAGGUCCCUUGUAUUUCAAUCCAAAAUAUCUAAAAACCGCGUUUUGUUGUCCAAAAUGCCCCCUGUUCAAUAAUUCGUUUCUCUCUAUUUCUCCACUCAAAUCUCAAAUUUUAUAUCCUUUCGUCGAGGAAGGUAAAGAAGAAGAAACCCAAAUGGGAGCUAGAUUGAGUUCAAAUAAUCAAAAGGCAAGCACAAGUGAACACUUUGAGGUCUCACAGAUUGAAGCGUGUAAGCGACAAAGGACAUCAUCAAGCUUUUGGGAUGAGAAUCCGCGGCUAUUUCCUAGCCUUCCGGAUGAAAUAUCGAUUCAGAUCAUCGCCCGACUCCCAAGAAUUUGGCAUUUCAAUGCAAAGCAGGUCUCCAGGAGCUGGAAAGCUGCUAUUAUGGGUGGAGAACUUUAUAGGUUAAGAAAAGAACUUGCAACAACGGAGGAGUGGCUCUACAUUUUGACGAGAAUCGACGGCGAUAAGCUUGUUUGGUAUGCCCUCGACCCUGUGUCCCAGAUAUGGCAAAGACUGCCUCCAAUGCCCAAUAUUGCUGCUGAAGAUGGUUCUAGAAGGGGCUUAUCUGGAUUUCGGGUGUGGAACAUGGUUGGUUCAAGUGCUAGAAUUGCAGAUGCCAUAAGAGGCUGGCUUGGCAGGAAGGAUAUGUGGGAUCAAAUUCCGUUUUGUGGUUGUGCUAUUUGUGCUGUCAAUGGCUGCCUUUAUGUCCUGGGUGGUUUUUGCAGGGCUUCAGCCAUGAGGUCUGUCUGGCGUUAUGAUCCAAGUGUUAAUUCUUGGAGUGAAGUGACACCCAUGUCUACCGGCCGAGCUUACUGUAAGACAGGUGUCUUAAACAACAAGCUUUAUGUUGUCGGAGGUGUCACCCGGGGUCGUGCUGGACUCACCCCUCUUCAAUGUGCUGAAGUAUUUGAUCCUUGUUCCGGUAUAUGGACUGAAAUCCCUAGCAUGCCUUUUUCAAAAGCUCAGGUGCUACCAACUGCUUUUCUAUCUGAUUUGCUGAAGCCUAUUGCAACCGGAAUGACAUCAUAUCGGGGAAAACUAUAUGUUCCUCAAAGUUUAUAUUGCUGGCCAUUUUUCGUCGACGUUGGAGGGGAGGUAUAUGAUCCAGAAUCAAAUGCGUGGGUUGAAAUGCCUAUUGGCAUGGGAGAGGGUUGGCCUGCCAGGCAGGCAGGGACGAAGUUGAGUGUCAUCGUUGAUGAAGAGUUAUAUGCAUUGGAUCCCUCAAGUUCUCUUGAUAGUGCUCGGAUCAAAGUGUAUGAUCAUCAAGACGAUUCUUGGAAAGCAAUUGAAGGAGACGUGCCCGUCCUUGACCUCACUGAUUCGGAGUCUCCAUAUUUACUUGCCGGUUUCCUUGGAAAGCUUCACGUGAUCACUAAAGACGUGAAUCAUAACAUCUCAGUCAUGCAGGCUGAUAGGCAAAACCAAUUUGGUUCGACUCCAUCUACCUCAUCGUCUUCUAUAGGUGAAUCCUCGCAAGAGCUUUCUGAAGCGGUGACUAGAACUCCCGAAAGUAUUUGGAAAGUCAUUGCCAGAAGGCGCGUUGGACUGGCCGAGCUAGUCAGCUGUCAGAUUCUUGAUAUCUAGUGAGAUUAAGCAACAAAGUUGAUCGCCUUUCUUGAUAUCUGAUGUUUCCUGCUUCUAUAAAUCAAUUAAAAUGAUAGCUCCGGCAAAUUGCAUUUAAAGUUUCACUUCCCGUGAGAUUAGUGAACACUUCAUAUUACUGAACAUGUUGUGCUAUAUAUUUGAAAUAUAUGAUAUGUGGCCUAUUUACACAUCUAGUAGAGCACGUUUGCUGGAUUUCCCGGAUGUCGAAUUUGAUCCGGACGAUGAUUAUUUUCUACUUCAAUGAAGAAUUUGGCUGCAACUUGGAUAACAA